AUGUAUCUGAGAUUGUUUAUUUCGAAGGAAUCUUUCUCUUUUCUUUCUUUUCAAACAUUCCGAUGCCUUUUUCUUUCUUCUCUUAUUAAUUUAAUUCUUUCUUUCUUUCUUUCUUCCUUUCUCAAUCACAUUUUUUUAAUCAUUUACUUUUCUUUCUUUCUUUCUUUCUUUCUUUCUUUCUUUCUUUCUUUCUUUCUUUCCCAAUCACAUUUUUUAAUCAUUUACUUUUUAUUCUUUCUUUCUUUCUUUCUUUCUUUCUUUCUUUCUUUCUUUCUUUCUUUCCCAAUCACAUUUUUUAAUCAUUUACUUUUCUUUCUUUCUUUCUUUCUUUCUUUCUUUCUUUCUUUCUUUCUUUCUUUCUUUAUCACAUUUUUUAAUCAUUAUACUUUUCUUUCUUUCUUUCUUUCUUUCUUUCUUUCUUUCUUUCUUUCUUUCUUUCUUUCUUUCUCAAUCAUGUUUUUAAUCAUUUAUUUUUCUUUCUUUCUUUCUUUCUUUCUUUCUUUCUUUCUCAAUCAUGUUUUUAAUCAUUUAUUUUUCUCUCUUUCUUUCUUUUUUUCUUUCUUUCUCAAUCAUUUAAUUAUCUUUCUCAAUAAUUUAAUUUUCUUCCUUUCUUUCUCAGUCAUUUGUCUUCACUCAUUUAUUUUUGUUUGUUUGGUUGUUUGUUUCUUUCUUUCAUUUGUCUUUUUCAAUCAUUUAAAUUCUUUCUUUUUUUCUUACUUUGUUUCUGUCAUCUUUCUUUCUUUCUUAACCAUUUAA